AUGACAGGGUUUAAAACCAACUCCCAACGUCCACACUAUAAAGUAGUUCACUUGCCCAGAUCAGGAGGACUUGCAAAGGAUAAAAGCCAUCAUUCCUCCUCCUCCUUGUCCCAGCUGCCUCAUGGUGCCGUUUGCCUAUCUGCCUGGCAAGUCAGAGCAUGUCCAGACCCCGUGGGCGAGACGUAGAAGAUGGCAGAGCUGCUGGGGCUGGGGGCCGAGCGUGGGGAGGGGGCUGUGGGGGCUCCUGGGCUGGCUGACUGCUGCCUGGCAGACCACAGGCUGAACCUGGACGUGUACCCGGACGGCUGCCGCCGCUUCCUGCGCCUCUGCGAGGGGCACCGGCCGGAGGUGCUGCAGGUGGAGUUCCUCCGGCUCAGCGGCAACGACCCCCUCCUGGGCACCACGCUGGGCAUCCUUCCUCAGCUGCACUGCCUCAGAUCCCUGGUGCUCAAAGGUGGCCAUACCAGGGAUGAGUUUGGUUCGUGCCAGCUUGGCUCCCUGAGCAGCUUGCCACCAGGUGUUGGGAGCCUGACCUGUCUCACCCACCUGGAUCUCAGCUUCAACAGCCUCUCUACCCUGCCCAGCUGCAUCCUCCAUCUCCCCAGCCUCCGUGUGCUCCUGGUGAGCCACAACAGCCUGGUGGCACUCCCACAGGACUUUGGCUUUCUGAGAAAGCUGACUUUCUUCUCUGCUAUGAAAAACCAGCUGAAGGACUUACCUCAGAGCAUUGGGCAGCUGGGAGAGCUGCAGGAGCUGGAUCUCUCUGAAAAUGCUUUGGAAUUCCUCCCUGAAGAGGUUGGGAAUCUGCACAGCUGCACAGAACUGGAUCUCUCUGGGAAUCGCUUGUCAAGCAUCCCAGACUCCUUAGGCAAUUUGAAGUCCCUGCAGCGGCUCCAUAUCCACAGCAAUCUGCUGCUCACCGUCCCUGCCUCUCUUGCCAGCCUGCCCAACUUGUCCAGGCUUGAUCUGCAGAACAACUGCCUGCGUGCUGUGCCUCCCGAGAUCCAGAGCUCCCCCUUCGUGCACCUCCGCGGCAACCCUUUAGGGCAGCCAGCACCACCUCCUGAUGAAUCCAGCGCUGGAGGGCUGCAGAGACUCUUCCUUGCAUCAGAAGAGGGCAGCUUUACAGUCACCUCUGAAGGCUGCAAAGUGGUCCUGGCCUGUGGCAUCCGUUUCUACUUCCCACCUGGGGCUGCACCUGAGCCUCUGCAGAUCUUCUUCCAAACCCUGGCACCAGACCCUCAGUGGGUGAAGCUGAGACAUCAUGAUGUCCUGCUAAGCAGAGUCCUGGAGCUGCAGCCUCAUGGGGUCCAAUUCCAGCAGGAGGUGCAGAUCUGGAUGCCCUGUGCCUCCCCUCCAAGCCUGCAGCAGCGUGAGGUGGUGGUUCGGACCUUCAGUGGGCAGAGCUGGAGCGACCUCAGCACAAGAGUGGAGCAGAAGAGGAAGGCUAAGAAGCAUGUGGCUCACUGCAGUGUCCUUCACUUCUCCUGGUUCCUGGUGGUGUCUCGACUGGUGCAAAACGAAUGCCAAGUGGCAGCAGAGGGGACUCUGCUCUUCUCCAGUGUGGAUCCCAGCAUCAAAGUGACCUUUCCCCCUGGAGCCACUACAGACACUCGCAGUGUCAAGCUGCAGGUGCUGCCUGUCUCUGCAGAAGAGCUGGAGGACAUCACAGCUGACCAAGGGUGCAGAGCCAGUCCCCUGCUCUGCCUCUCCCAGGACUCCCUGCUGGAUUUCCUCAGGCCAGUGAGGAUUCAGCUGCCUCUCCCACCUGGGGUCACAGGGCUCAAUCUGGAUCGGUCCAGGCUGCAUCUCCUCCAUGGUGACCUUGAAGGGCAGAGCUGGGAUGACAUCACCAGCCAGGUGGUGCUGGAAUUCACUCAUCUUUAUGCAGUGUUUGAAGUCUCUCACUUCUCCUGGUACUGGCUGUGGUACACCACCAAGAGCUACGUGGGAGGCAUUGCCAGGAAGGUCUACGAGCGGCUGCGGCUCUACCAGGUGAACUUCAUUGCCCUGCAGAGGAAGAAGGACCCUGAGCAAGUCCUGCUGCAGUGUGCGCCCAAGCACAAGGUGGAGGCAGUGCUGAAGAGGCUGCAGGACCGCUACAGAGGCCCUGAGCCCUCGGACAUGGUGGAGAUGUUCGAGGGGGAGCAGUUCUUUGCGGCCUUCGAGCGAGGCAUCAGCAUCGACGCAGACCGCCCUGACUGCGUGGACGGACGCCUCGCCUUCAUCUUCUACUCCCACCUGAAGAACAUGAAGGAAAUCUAUGUGACCUCACCUGUGGACAGGAAAGGCCAAGCAGUCAAAGGCCAGGUCUCUUUCUACCGAGGGGAAGUUCCCAAGGGCAUCCCUGAAGAUGCUAGCAGGAGGAGGAGAGGACCAGACUCCCUCUGGCUCGCCACCCUGCCCAUCAAACUGCCUCAACUGAAACCCUGCUGGGCUGAGAGCUCUGGGGCCCUGGAUGGCUUCUCCUUCCCUGCCCUGAACCUGGGCAAUGCUGAGACUGGCUACCUGACCCAGGCCAACCUGCUGAGCAUCGCCAGGCGCCUGGGAGCCGACUGGCAGAGCCUUGGCCUCAGCCUGGGCCUCACCUACCAGCAGAUCGAGCGCAUAGGCUACAACAACAGGGAGGACCUGGAUAAGCAGAUCCUGGAGAUGCUUUUCUCCUGGGCCCAGCAGAACUGGGAGGACCCUGAGUGUGUGAGCAGGUUGGUGAGGGCCCUGCGGGAGAGCGGGCGGCAGGACAUCGCCGAGGAGGUGGAAGCCGUCCUGGAGCUGGGCAGGCACAAGUACAGAGAGUCCCUGCGCAGGCUGGGGCUGCAGCAGCACAGCAGCGCCCAGGACUCCGCCAUAGCCACCAGAGCCAUCCACGUCUUGAACCUGCGAGAUUCGGUGCUGAAGGCCUCUGACGAGAACCCAGCUCGGAUGAACAGUGUGGCCGCAAGAUGGCUGACGGCGGGGCCGGGGGUGUGCGCAGCUCGCCCUGGCAGAGGGCAGUUGGCCGCCGCAGGGGCGGAGGGGCGGCCGAGGCUGCGGGGCACCGCCGAGGCUCCGGGACAUCGCCGUGGCGCCGGGACAUCGCCGUGGCUGCCGUGGCCCGGAGCCGCGGGGAGGGCCGGCGCAGGCCGCAGCCAGGCCUGGGCUCUCCGGCCCGGCGUUGCCGUGGUGACGCCGCGACCGCCCCGGCGGGGAGGGACGGCUGGCGGCGGCGCUUCUCCCGCGGCGGGCGCGGCCAGAGGGGGCAGAGCUGAGCCGGGCCGCGCCGAGCAGGGAGAGACAGGAGGCAGCCGGAGCUCCGCGCCGCACGCCGCACCGGCCCCCGGCGGGACCCGCCGCCGCCCCGCACCGGUAAGUGCGGCCGCAGCGCGCCCUGGCCCACGGAACGUUUCUCCGGCACCCACGGCACCCCUGCUGCUGCCGGCCUGCGGCUCCCCUGCCCCGGCCUGGCCCCUGCGGCACCGGCCCCUCGCCUCGGGGGUGUGCGGGCCCUUCCCUGCACCCUGGCCCCGGGGGGGGUCGGCGCCUCGCUUCGGGGGCUGCGAGCUGCCCUGCACCUCUCGUACCUCACUCACCCCGGAGCUGCCCUGCACCCCUCGUACCCCACUCAUCCCGGGGGCUGCCCUGCACCCCUCGUACCCCACUCACCCCGGAGCUGCCCUGCACCCCUCGUACCCCACUCAUCCUGGGGGCUGCCCUGCACCCCUCGUACCCCACUCACCCCGGAGCUGCCCUGCACCCCUCGUACCCCACUCAUCCCGGGGGCUGCCCUGCACCCCUCGUACCCCACUCACCCCGGAGCUGCCCUGCACCCCUCGUACCCCCCUCACCCCGGAGCUGCGAGCUGCCCUGCGUCCCUCGUACCCCCCUCACCCCGCGGGCUGCCCUGGCCGCCCCCGUGUGCCCUCCCGCGCCUCCAUCCGCUCCCGUCGCCGCCCACCAGCUGCUCCUCUCACCCUGAGAAGUGCCGGGCGCCUCGGUCACUGCUCUCAUCCCGGGGCUGGGGAUCUCCCUGUCCGGGUUUGGGGCGCGGGGGCUGCAGGUGUUGGAGCCGAGCCGGGGGGAGGUGUCCCCGGGCUGCCGGCGCUGGGGGCUGCCGCGGCCCUUCCUGCCGCCGUUCUGGCAGGGGAAACGCGGGUGACACGUGUGUGCCUUCAGCCGUGCCCUUUGCUGACCCGGAGCCGCUGCUUGCUGUAUCGAAAGCGACUGGCGCGUUUCUCGGGGGCUUUUCCUUUCUGGGAUGAUUUGUUAGGGUUGUAG